GACGCAUUUCCUGCAGCACGUCGGAAGCUCUGCCGGGUCAUCUUUCCCUCUUCAUCUCCCUCUCCUGCGCUUCUGUCCGGCUCAUCUCUUCUCCAAACCUCCGGCCUCAUCCCUCCGGACGUGUCCAGAGCCAUGCGGACCCUGCUGCUGCUGCUGGCCGUGCUGCUCACGGCUGUGAGCGGCGCCGACAAGAAGAAGCUCCAGAUUGGAAUCAAGAAACGCGUGGACCACUGCCCCGUUAAGUCCCGCAAAGGAGACGUGCUGCACAUGCACUACACCGGGCGCCUGGAGGACGGCACCGAGUUCGACAGCAGCAUCCCCCGGGACCGGCCCUUCACCUUCACCCUGGGCACGGGGCAGGUGAUCAAAGGCUGGGACCAGGGGCUGCUGGGCAUGUGUGAGGGUGAGAAGAGGAAGCUGGUGAUCCCCUCAGAGCUGGGCUAUGGAGACAGAGGAGCGCCCCCUAAGAUCCCCGGAGGAGCCACACUCAUCUUUGAGGUGGAGCUGCUCAGCAUCGAGAGGAGGACUGAGCUCUGAGGCCAGACCAGAGGAGACCAGAGACCAGGAGCACAUACAUCCAUGACCUCUGACCUCUGCAUCUGGACUAAGCAGAUGACCUCUUUGCUCCAAACAUCCUCUGACUCAUCAUGACAUAAUCACUCAUAAACACUGACAUGAGUAACACACAUUCAUAAUGACAGGCCCUCAUCACAUCAUGAUUGAUUUUUUUAUUUGUCAUAUUUUGAAUAAAUCCUUAUAAUUCCUGGCUGAAUUUAAAGCUGAAUUGUGAUAAUAAAACUUGUGAAAAGGCA